AUGGGAAGGACUAAUGGAGACGGCGAAGUGUUCGGGUUGGACGAGGACGAUGCAUGUGCGGGUGGCGACGGGCACGAAGAGAUGAGGAGAGGGGACGUCUUACCCGCUCCUGCGAAGGGCUAUGGCAAGGCCAGACGCCUCCUAUUCGUAGGUUGCACCACCAGCCUGCACAUCUGGGAUUGUACAAACCUCGAGCACGUGUAUGAAGUUUUGAAUCUCUCCGAGUCGAACUCCAGCCAGUCGAGGACGUCCUGGGGUAGGGUGCGCUUCGCUGUCGUGUUGCCUACGCCAGCCGGUAGAACUGGGAGUGAAGUAGAGGACGCUUUCGUAGAGAAGAGGCCUUUGAUCGGGGUUGUUGCCCAACGACCACGCGAAGAGCCCGAGUUUCUUGUAUAUUCGCUUUCGGGCCACAAGGUGACCACCACCGCUCCAUCUCCUUCCUCGAUUCAUAAUCAUCUAGACACGGUUCCCCAACCCGUAUUCGCUCUCUCUGGCCGGCUGCUCGCUUUCGCCUCUCCACCUCCACGUACCGACUCCUCCACAUCAACCUCCACCUCCAGGCAACCUCGCGAACGUACUUCUACACGAACCGAUUCGACCGCCGGUUCCGUCGGAAGUAUCGGUGCAGGCGUUGGCGGGACAGUCCUCAGUGGGCUGUGGAGUGCGGGGAGGGGUACGUAUUCCGCUGCGAGGACAAAGAUGGCGGGUGAAGGUGGGGCGUCAUCCCCGACGACGCCUACGUCGGUGGACCCAAGAGUUCAGGCAGCUGGAGGUGGAUUAGCCGGGAUGUGGUUUUCGAAGAGUGCACCAGCAGCAAGUCAGAGGGCGUAUGCAGACGAUGGGGGUAGGGUCCCGGCUGGAUCAUUCGUCACCAUCGUCGAUCUGCAGUCCUUACUGGUAUUGCGAGGCAAAGACGAUACCGAGACUAAGCCGGAGACACUGGCAGAGUUUCUGGCUCUCAAGAGACAGGCGGUCUCCGGCUUGAAGUUCUCAGAAGAUGGAGCGAAUAUUGUGGUUGUACCGGAGGAUGGACAAGUGGGAUGGGUGUUUGCGGUUCGGCCAAGGUCGAAGGCACUGAGGAGGUUGAAGAGAGGCGGUGCUCAGGGAGUUGCUGGAGGUGGCGAGGACGAAGCGGUGAAGGAUGAUGGUGCACCAUGGCAUAUGUAUGACCUGCGAAGAGGCCGAACGAAUGCGAUCAUCGACGGGAUCGAUAUCUCGUCCGAUGGCAGAUGUGUGGCGAUGGGCUCAAGAAAGAGGACAAUCCACGUCUUCGCGACGAACCCAUACGGCGGCAAAGCAGAUGAGUACUCGCAUACGGGCGGUAAGGUUGUCAACUGCAAGGAACUCCAGCCGUUAUCAACGAGCUUGUCCCCCAUCGUUCGGUUACGUGCCACAGCACCCCCAUCAUCGACGAAUGAGCAGCAUCCACCAUCGUUGUCGUUCGCCUUCCUAAAUUCUGCCCUGGCUCAGUCCCACAACAACUCCUUCCACCCGCGUCAAUAUCCACUCCAACAUCCUCGGCCCCAAGUUCAAUCAGAUAUACUCGUCUUCGACGAAACCGACAGCACGCUCUCACUUCGUCGUUUCUUCGUUGAUCCCAAGCCGGUCGAGCAGAACCUCAAAGUCCCAGGCUCCGUUCCCGGUUUCGGAAGAACUUCGAUAUGUUUGACAAGCAGAUCUUCGCUUGGAUGGAUGUCAGGAGCUGGAGCGUCCCCUCAAGCCACAGGACAAGCAGGUCGCACGGUGAGUAGUGGCGGCAGUGCCGGACCUAACAGUUCCGCAUUAUCGGUGAUGAUGGAGAAAGGGAGGGAGAUUGCGGGUAGGGAGGUGGAUGUUGCUUCGUGGAACCUGAAGAGAGGGAGAAUUGGCCGGAGGUUAGGAAGGCCGUGA